AUGCAUUUUACCGCAGGCCUUGAAGGUAGCCGGAGUAUGGGCGCGGAGUAUGGGUGCCUUCCCAGCACCUCUCAAGCCCUGUACGUGAUCCUCUUAAUAGUGCUGGUCAGGAUGAGCUUGGUGUUUGGUAAGUGGCUCUAAAGGCCUCCUGGUAAUUUUGAUCCUGAAUUCCCUCAUCCAGUUCAGUUCCCCAAAUACCUGCGCUGCUAUCGAUGCCUCUUGGAGACCAAGGAGUUGGGAUGCCUUCUGGGAUCUGACAUCUGCCUCGCCCCACCUGGCAGCAGCUGCAUGACUCUCCUCAUAAAGAACAGUGACGGUUCUGACAUCAUGGUGAGCGACUGCCGCCACAAGGAGCAGAUGAGUGAUUGUUCAUAUACCCGCUCUUCUCCAGUGUUUGGCUUCUGGAUAUUUUCUCGAUGCUGCCUCCGGGAGUUCUGCAAUAACCCUCAGAACAGAGUUUUCUACAUUCCUUAGAAUUUCUGCAAAGACUUUUGGAAUAAAAUCCUGCCAGUUGCCAUCCAUCUUCUUGAUUUCCAGUUGGCUGGCACAGCCAGGACAACUUCCAGUCCUUUUUACGAGCCCUCCCUGCCUCUCUCAAGUUACUGGCCCCCAGCCCUGUCUCUUAGUUGACACCCCUCAACCUCCCCCACUCCCACUCUGCCCCUCCCCCAGAAGUCUGAGUUUUCCCUUCAAGUCCUCAGGGUCUGACAGCUUUUGUCCUCUUCUCCCACCUCUCAGCUGCUUCUUUGCCUGGCUUUGCCCCAUCUCCCACCACAAGCCAGUCUCACCUCAAGUCCCCAGGUGUUCCUCCCAAAUAAAUUGGUGUACACUCUAUGGCUUGUCUCUCUUCUGGUAGUGGUGGAGGCUGAGGUCCUGCCUGACUGCCCCACUGUGGCAGCAGGUAAAGGGCUCCUGCUCUGCUGAGCUCUGAUCCUGCCUGGUCUCCACAUCUUGGAUUCAGUUCUAGGCGCAAAACAGUGAAAAGGAACUGGAAGCUCCGCACCGCAAAGGCAAAAAGGGCAGUGGGGUGAAACCCAGAGCUGUGUGAGGAUUGGAGGGGAGGUCCACAGGAGGAAAACAGGGAUGCUGGUGGGAGUGGAGCUGAGAGGCAUGGGCCCAGGCAGAGGGUAGGGGAGGCAUUCUGUGGAAGUCGCUAAGUCUAGUGGAGCCCAGGCCUGAUCCUGGGCUCAGCUUCCCACUUCAACGGUGUGAGAAAUUACUGCAGAACUUUGGGCCUUGGGCUCCUCAGCCUGAGACUGUCCUCCAGUUUGACUUGCUAGAGUUGUAUAAACCCAGACUUCUUUCUACACUGAGGUCAGAGGUGAUGAGGAAAGGUGCACCCAGGUUUUUGUACCUCCUAACUUCUUCCUGACCUUUCAAACUAUAUUGGCACUUCCUGCCAGAGCCAUGAAGCUCUGUUAACAUAUGUACAGAAUAUUGUGUAAGUGCUUGCUGUAGGAUGCCAUUUGUAUCAAAUGCCAACCAAAUUCCUCUAAGCAGCUAUUACUCAGGACAACAGCAACCAGGCUGAGUUGGGAGAAGUGCCUGGGAAGACAGGAUACACAAGGAAGCUCCGGGUGGUGAUAAAGGCCUUUAUACUGACGAGGACUGGUAACACAGCUGUGUGGUUUACAAAAACUCAAGUUAUAGUAUGUAGAAGCUUCUGUACGUUUUGCCAAAAAGGUUUAAAGAUAGGCCACAGGGUCACCUUGCCUGGCUCAGUUGGCAGAGCACAUCACUCUUGAUCUUAGGGUUGUGAGUUCGAGCUCCAUGUUGGGGAUAGAGAUUACUUUAAAAAGUAGUAGUAAUAAUAAAUAUGUACAUAUACAAAUGCCACAAUCUAUAUGUACCUUUUCCCCCAAGGCAUGUAUCUAUUUUGGAGGCUCUAAUUUUCACUUGUACACACGCUACAUGCAUUCUUUCAAUCCUGAGGUACUAUCCCUCCUUGACAGGUGACCAAAGUGAGGCAGAAACCAACUUGCCCAAGUGGCAGAGGAGCUGGGAUUAGGCCUCCCAAUCACAAAGCUGCACUACUUUUCAUAAAAAGCACAUCCCCAGCACUGAGUUAGAGAUUCAGAAUGGCAGGCACCUGGCUGCCCACAGCAGUGUGUUUACCAGCUGUAUGGAAAAACUUAGGAAUAUUCAUUAUUGCUUUCUGUAUGCUUGUGCUUUUUCUUUUUUUUUUAAAGAUUUAUUUAUUCAUAGAGAGAGAGAGAGAGAGAGAGAGAGAGAGAGAGAGAGGCAGAGACAUAGGCAGAGGGAGAAGCAGGCUCCAUGCAGGAAGCCUGACGUGGGACUCGAUCCCGGGUCUCCAGGAUCACACCCUGGGCUGCAGGUGGUGCUAAACCGCUGCGCCACCGGGGCUGCCCGUUUUUGCUUUUUCCAAAAAUAAAAUAUUAAAAUGAAAGAUCUAACCACUGCAGCUCCAUCUGUGUAUCACUGAACAACAUCCACCCUAACUCCUUACUGAGGGGGGGUUCUGGGUGCCAGGAUCCUAAAAAGAACAGCAGGCAAGAAGCCAGGUCCCUCAGUACCAGGUAACUCAGAUACCUGGGCCGUUUGCUCUGCUCCUGAAUUUUCCUGAUUUAAAAGCAUUUUUCCUCCUCUCUUAGAUGGAAAAGCCAUCUAAGGGGUUUAACUUUCUAGGUUUUAUAGGGCAAGUUUGUUUUCAUUUUUGAUUAAAGAUUUUAUUUUGAAGCAAUCUCUACACCCAAUGUGGGGCUUGAACUUAAAACUCCAAGAUCGGCAGCCCUGGUGGCUCAGCGGUUUAGCCCUGCCUUCAGCCCAGGGUGUGAUCCUGGAGACCCAGGAUGGAGUCCCACGGAUUU